AUGGCAGAUAUAGAGGAUACUUCUGUGGUCCUGCAGAGCAUUGACAUGAUCAACAGCCUAGAGGAGCUGGAAGAAGAUGGUUACCUCAGUGACGAGGACACGUCACUCAGCAAUGAGCUGGCAGAUGCGCAGCGUCAAUGGGAAGAGUCGCUGCAACAGUUGAGCAAGCUUCUCAACUGGGUGUUGCUCCCCCUAAUGGGAAAGUAUUUAGGUAGGAGAAUGGCAAAAACUCUAUGGAGUAGGUUUAUCGAUCAUUUUAUAUAA